ACCCAUACAGAGCUUCUACAUCUACUUUUUUUUUUUAAGCAGGUGAUCAGACACUUCAUGGUGCUGGGGGAGACAGCAUGGAUGACAGCACAGUUUUAGAUGAGUCAGGCGAGACAAGCCCUGGACAGCAGCCUCCAAUGCGCAGACUGCGGAGAGAGGCUUGCACAUGCCCAUAUUGUAAAGAUGGUGAAGGGAGGAGUAGUGAUCCAGGCAAGAAAAAGCAGCACAUAUGUCACAUCCCAGGAUGUCAGAAGGUGUACGGAAAGACAUCACACUUGCGUGCUCACCUUCGAUGGCAUACAGGAGAGCGACCCUUUGUAUGCUCCUGGCAACUCUGUGGAAAGCGCUUCACCCGCUCAGAUGAACUGCAGAGGCAUAAGCGCACACACACAGGUAAGGAAAUAGUCAUGGGAUGCUCAUGUUGUGAAA